AUGCCGGGGGUGGGGCUUCCAGUUCCCAGAGGGAGACCAGAACAGCUGAUGGGAUUGGAGGCUGUCUCCUGUGGCCCGGACCCACUGGGCAGAGGGGUGGGGCCCUGUCCCGGCAGGGUGUGUCAAACCUCACUCACUCCCUUCCUCCCUCCCUCCCUCCCUCUCCCAGCUGGAGACAAGGUGCUGGCCUACAGCAGAGGCUGUACAUCGGCGUGUUCCAACAUCAGCGUUGAUCUGGGAUCCAUCUCCGUCGAUAUCCUCUGCUGUGAGAGCGACAGAUGUAACCAGGAGAUGGCGGUGAGCCGCCCCUCCCAGAUGUUGAGCUGCCACAGCUGUCUGCAGCUGGGCGACGACUUCGAGUGCGAGCUGCCGGGCCCCCAGAGGUGUAAAUCCACGCAGGACCGGUGCGCCGAGAUCCGCGCCCACCUCCCGACUGGUCAGCGCCCGGUGGUGACCCUGCGGGGCUGCGCGUCCGCCUCUUUCUGCCACCCGGGCGUCCCCGAGGAGAUCGGGGUCCCCGGGAACAUCAGCUGCUGUGGCCACAGCCUGUGUAACGUUGCCGGGGGGUCGGCUGCUCCCUCCCCUCCCCUCCUCCUCCUCCUCCUCCUCCUCUCCCUCCUCCCCGCCUCCCUCCCCCUCGCCUUCCCCGUCCCGGAGCCCUGGUGAACCGGUACCGGGGAUCUCCCCACCUUCCCGGUCCGGUGCGCCUCCGGACCCGCUUGCUUAAUUUAUUAAAGACUGCUUUGCUGCA